UGUUGAUAUGGUCUUACUCCUCAUUGUUUAAAAUUUGUUAAAAUCUGGAGUUCAUCUUCCACAAAAAUAAUGCGGUAUGGAUGUGUGUCCUAUUUUUGUAACCCUCAUCUUGAAAAAGUAUAUAAAUUUUAUUUAAUUUUAUGUUAAGAAGAGAUCAUAUCAUUAAUUAAGUGAAUAGUUCAAGAAUGGGGAAGUAUAGGAAGAGGUUUAAUGAAAAGGCUCGUUCUGGUAUGCUUGCCAAACAAGCAACCUUGAAGAAAGCCAGACAAAAGCAGUUCCAUAGAGACAUUGAUGGCGAUGCAGCACCAGUAUCAGAAGAUGUUGCAACUGUUAAACCUAUAGAGAAUUCAAAUGCAGAAAUACUUCAACCUGUAACUGAAGAAGAGAAACAAGAAAGGAAAAGAAAGUUAGAAGAGACUUUAUAUUCGAAUCAAAAAGAAUCAAAAAUAUCCCGUACUAAGAAGAAAAGAUUGGAUAAAUAUAUAGAGCAUCAAUUGAAAAGAGAAGAGAAGAAGACUCUUUUUGAAAAAUUGGCCAAGACUAAAGUUGAUACUAGUAUGUUUGCUCCUUCUAAGGAAUUAGGUAAAGGUAAGCAAACCAAAAAGGAAGAAUUUGUGGAAGCUUUAGAAUUGGAAAGACAAGGAAGAGGAGAUGAAAGAACUAAAGAUAUUCUUUAUGAAGAGAGACAAGUUCUCGAUUGGUCAGAUAGAGAAGAUGGCAGUGGGGAUGAUGAUGCCGAAGAAGAUAUAUAUGGAGACUUUGGACCAAGUGAUAACAUACCGAAAUCCUCAUUUGUUGAUAAUAGACCAGCAAAAUUUGGUGGUAGUGGUCUGGGUUUUGGAUUUGCCAAUUUACCAAAAAUUGAAAAAACUAAGACCGCUCCAUCUCAUAAGAAAUAUACUUGGAGGUUGAAAGUGGAUCAAGAAGAAAGAAAACGUCAUAAAAUAGAAGAUGAAAAUGAUUUCCUUAGUGAUAGUGAUGAAGAGGAAGAAGAUGAAGAUGACGAUGAAGAACCUGGUACUGAUGAUGAAGUCGAUAAUGAAGAAGUUGACGUAGAUGAUGAAGAAAUAGAUGGUGAUAUAAACGUCGACGAAGCAAACGAAGCCGAUGACAGUGAUGACGAAGAAGAAGAAGAAGAAGAAGACGAUGACGAUGACGAUGAAGAUGAAGAUGACGAUGACGACGACGACGAAGAAGAAAGUGAAACUGAAGACGACGAUGAAACACCACGUCUUAUGCAACGUAAGCCCAAACAUUCAGCUGUAGCAGAAUCAUUCAAGCAAUGGGCCGAACAACAAGUUCGUAAGAUGGAAGGUCGUGAUGUCGAAUAUGUCAUGCCAGAGUUAUCAGAAAAAGCCAAAGAAGAAUUAAAAGAAACUGUACAUGAAGAAGAUUUUGAUCAUUCAUCUGAUGAAGAAGGUUAUAUCGCGAUUGACAAAACCUUACAAAGAGAAGCCUUCUACGUUGAUGUUACUAGAUCGGAUGAAAUACAGAAACAAAGAGUCAAUUUACCGGUAUUCGGUGAAGAACAUAGAAUUAUGGAAGCUAUUUAUCAUCAUGAUUGUAUUAUUAUUUGUGGUGAAACUGGUUCCGGUAAAACCACCCAAGUUCCUCAAUUUCUUUAUGAAGCUGGGUUUGGUAAUGUUGAAAACAAAACAUAUCCUGGUAUGAUUGGUAUUACACAACCAAGAAGAGUUGCUGCUGUCUCUAUGGCUGAAAGAGUUGGUAAUGAAUUGGGUGAUCAUGGUAAAAGAGUUGGUUAUCAAAUCAGAUUCGAUACUACUAUAAAGAAUGAAGGUACUGCCGAUGGUACUGCUAUGAAAUUCAUGACUGAUGGGGUUCUUUUAAGAGAAAUGAUGACUGAUUUCUUAUUAAAUAAAUAUUCAUGUAUCAUAAUUGAUGAAGCCCAUGAAAGAAAUAUUAAUACUGAUAUCUUAAUAGGUAUGCUUAGUAGAAUCUUGAAAUUAAGAAGAAGCUAUCAUACUGAAAAUCCAGAUAAGUACAAACCUUUGAAACUUAUAAUUAUGUCAGCUACUUUAAGAGUAUCUGAUUUUUCUGAAAAUUCCCAAUUAUUUAAGAUUCCACCUCCAAUUAUAAAAGUUGAUGCAAGACAGUAUCCGGUUAGUGUUCAUUUCAAUAAGAAAACUCAUUUUGAAUAUCAAGAUGAAGCAUUCAGAAAAGCAUCUAAGAUUCAUCGUAAAUUACCUCCAGGCGGUAUACUUAUAUUUUUAACAGGUCAAAAUGAAAUCACAUCAUUAGUUAAGAAAUUAAGAGCUGAAUUCCCAUUUAAGAAGAAGUCAAGACAACCAAUAUAUGAUGCAAACUCAACCAAUAUAAAGAGUUCUAAACAGAAUGAUCUUGAAGCUGAAGAAAUCGAUUUCAGUGUUAAAGUUGAGAUUCGUGAAAACAACGAUAAAUUUUAUGAAGAUUUAGAAAUCAAUUCCGGAGAUGUGGAUGAAGAAGAAUUCGACGUCGAAGAUGAAGAAGGGUUUGAUGAACAAAGAGAAUCCCAUCAAACUGAUAAUGAUCCAUUAUACGUAUUACCACUUUACUCAUUAUUACCAACCAAACAACAAAUGAAAGUAUUUGAAGAACCUCCAGCUGGAAGUAGAUUAUGUGUGGUUGCUACCAAUGUAGCCGAAACUUCAUUGACUAUUCCUGGUAUAAGGUAUGUAAUAGAUUGUGGUAGAGCCAAAGAAAGAAAAUUCAAUGAAGAAAAUGGAGUUCAAUCCUUUGAAAUUGAUUGGAUUUCAAAAGCUUCAUCUGAUCAAAGAGCUGGUAGAGCUGGUAGAACUGGUCCAGGUCACUGUUAUAGAUUAUUUUCAUCUGCCAUUUAUGAAAGUUAUUUCCCACAAUUUUCAAGACCUGAAAUUCUUAGAAUGCCAUUUGAAAGUAUCGUAUUAUCUAUGAAGAGUAUGGGUAUUGAUCAAAUUGCCAAUUUCCCAUUCCCAACUCCUCCUGAUAGAAAAUCUUUAAGCAAUGCUGAAAGAUUAUUAACUAUAUUAGGAGCCUUGGAUAAUGAAAAUAAGAAUAUCACUGAGUUAGGUAGAACCAUGUCUCUUUUCCCAUUAAGUCCAAGAUUUGCUAAAAUUUUAAUCCUUGGUAAUCAAUUAGGUUGUCUUCCAUAUAUCGUUGCCAUUGUGUCAGCUUUAUCUGUUGGAGAUCCAUUUAUUGGUGAAAAUGAACUUGGUCUCCGUGCUAAUAAUAGUGAGGAUGCUGAAGAAGAAGAAAAUAAAAGAGAUACUGAAGAGGUUAGAUUAUUAAGAACUAAGUAUAAUCAUUCCAGAGCUCAAUUUGCUAGAUUAGAUAAUUCUAGUGAUGGAUUAAUGCUUUUAUCAGCUGUUUGUGCUUUUGAUCAUGUUCCAACUGAUAAGAGAUCACAAUUCUUAGGAUCUAAUUUCUUAAGAGGAAAAGUAAUGGAAGAAAUCAUUAAAUUGAGAAAACAAGUUAAUUACAUUGUCAAAAUCUCCACUUCUACUGACUCUAUUUCUCAACAGCUUACUGAAAAGGAAGUUAAGUUGGGCGUACCUGAUAAAAAACAAAUUUCUGCUAUCAAGCAAAUGUUAGCUGCCGGUUUCAUCGAUCAAGUUGCGAUAAGAGGUGACUUGGUAUCUUCCGAUAUUACUAUUCCUAACAAAUCACAUAUUUCAAACAUUCCUUAUAAGCCAGUGUUCCCUAUCCAUGGAGCCAAUCAUGAAACUGCUGAGUUUGCCUAUAUUCAUGCUAAUUCAGUUAUUAACAGUUCAGGUACAAUCCCUGGUAAUUACUUGGUUUAUCAAACUUUAAGUACUGGUAAUAAUACCAAAGAAGGCCAAGUUGCCAAGGUUAGAAUGAAACCUUUAGUCGAAAUAAAAGGUAAACAGUUGACCAGUAUUUCAAGAGGUUCACCUCUUUUAACUUAUUCCAAACCACUUGGACAUCCAUAUGCUCCAAAGAAUAUCUCACCAUCGAAACGUGAAGCAUAUGUUGUUCCUCGUUUUGGAGCUGCCAUUGGUUCUGGAGGUACUGGUUGGGACUUACCUGCCAUCAAAGUCAUCCAAGAGAAGAAAGAAGGAUCUUGGAUAAUAGAAAAGCACAUUUUAUAGAUUUGUAUAUACACCACCCCCUGCAUUUUUAAUAUAGCAUUUACAAUUAAUAUCGAAACAGUAU